AUAUCUAAUAAUUCUCCUAAUCAUCAAAGUCAAGAAAGUACAGAAAGCGAUUCAGAAGAUUCUACCAAACUAAAUAUUAAUUUGGGUGCUUUACAAAAGUCUGCAUCAAACAUAUUUCAUAUACAAUAUACCUCUAUACAAGAAUUUAGUGAAGGUGAUUUUCAUAAAGUAUACAUCUUAAAGAUGGAAGAUAGUAAUGAAUAUAUUGGAAGAGUAGCAUUCCCUGUAUAUCCACAAUGGAAGACAGAAUGUGAGGUGGCAGUUAUAGAGUAUAUUCGUUUAAAUACGCAGAUUCCUGUUCCCAAAGUUUAUUAUUGGAAUAGUUCUGUCAAUAAUCCAGAUGAUGGAAAUAACACAUUUGUAUUAACGCAUGUAGACUUUCACACGUCAAACAUUCUUGUCAAGAAUGAUGAAAUAACAGGAGUCAUAGACUGGGAAUGUUCUGGUGCAUUUCCAGUAGAGUGUUUUUGUACUAAUCCAGUAUGGAUAACUAACAAUCCUAUGAUAGAACAAAAUAACAAAAAGUCUAGAGAAAAUAUAAUAUUACAAAAAUUUUUUCGAAGUGAAAUGUCUCAUCGUGACCCUGAUUUUAUACGAACAAUAAACAAUAUAGAUGAAGAAAAAAAAGAAUUUUAUUCCACAGUGUUUAGCCAAAAAGUAUAG